CUUCUCUUCUUCUUCUUCUUCUUCUCAUUCGCAAUACUGCGAAUAGAUAGAGAAUGGAUAGAAAAAUAGACUAUGAAGAAAAAUGUAACGAAGUUUCUUCUCCUUUAUUCUCUUCUUCUUCUUCUUAUUCUUCUUCAUCAUCUUCUUCUUCUUCGCCUUCUUCGUCACCAUCUUCUUCUUCUUCUCCUUCUUCUUCUCCUUGCUCUUCUCCUUCUUCUUCUCUUACAUAUUAAUUUUAUUGUGCGUUAAUAGAACAUAAACUUGAUUUCCUUCAUGGUUUUGUUGACAUUUCUCAUUCACUACCACCAUUUCAAAUAAUGGGCAGUGGCAAUAAUAAUAAAAAGCUAUUGAUGUAUUGUUUAAUGAAGAACUGUUUCUUGACUUUAGUGUUAGCUAAAAUAAACAUUGUAUAAUUGGAUUCGCUAAACAUAUAUAUAUUCUAUUCACCGAAAAAUAAAAGUCGAUGUCAAAUUAUAGAGAGUUUGGUGUCUUUAAGGUCUUUGCCCUUAUGUCUAGUGAAUGCAUACUUCGGAAUGUAUAUUUCCGCUCGAAGGCAUGUUUAUAUUCAAUAUAUAGCUCAUUUCAUGUUUACAUUUCAUUUAUAUAGUUUUUUCUGUGGAAAAUAUUUUCUGCAGCACUAAGGCUAAUAGAAAUUAGUUCAAAAUCCAACCGAUAUUAAUUUGGUUGUUCUACUAAAUACUCAGUCAUCGCCUAGCACUCGAAGGAGUCGGUACGUGUUAUUACGUCUCAUUUCGUUCUUAAAACGUUGCUUUCAAGUAGUCAAAUAUGGAUACAAUCCCGUGCGGAACUGGAGUAUUGUAUACCAAAGAAAAUUAUCUAUACAAAUGUAAUACAACAAAACACGGAGUGAAAUAUUUGAGAUGUUCGAACACCGUGUGUCCUAGCCGUGGGACGUACCAGGACGGCAAUGAAUUUCAUCCUUCAAUACAUAACCACCCCCCGGAUGAAGUUGAUAUCGAACUGAGAAGGCUACGCGUCGAAAUCAAGGCUGAAGCCCUGAACAGCCGACUCAACCCGAGGGAAAUAUUCGAUGCAGUCUGCCAAAGAUAUCCUAGAGCUGCAGUUAGGCUGGGAUAUCCUAGCAUCCGCAGCUCUAUUUACCGGCAUCGGCAAAUGGGAUUGCCGCCAAUGCCGCACUCUCUGGUUGAUUUUUCAGCCAUACUCCAGAGAGAAGAGUGGCUGCACCUGCGAAGAGAUAGAGAUGACCAACCCUUCUUCAGAGGCUUGAUUGGCAGUGAAGAAGAGGGUUGGUUUGCUGCUAUAUAUAUGUCUCAAAAAAUGACAAAUGCUCUGCGUCGAACAGAGAGGUUGCACCUCGACGCAACUUUCAAGACAGUGCCAGCAGAGCUCCAUGCUCACCAAUUGCUGACAAUCCAUGGGGAAUACAUGCACCAUCUUUUUCCGCUCGCUUAUGCGAUUAUGUCACGGAAAACACAGUCGGCGUAUGAGGGUGUUCUUUCAUACUUGAAAGAACAUACGCCGGAGCUGAACCCCACGGUGGUCAUGUCAGACUUCGAACAGGCAAUGCAAAAUGCUGCCAGAAUGGUGUGGCCGAACACGCGAAUCGUGGGCUGCUUUUUCCACUAUGCUCAGGCGGUGUACCGAAAGCUGGUACAGCUUCACACGACUGCAGUUAUGCAGCAAAACGCAGAAGCCUCAAAGGCAGGCCAUAUGCUCAUGGCCCUGUCUCUUUUGCCUGCUGAAAAAAUCGCUGACGGUGUAGGUGUCGUGAAGCUGUAUGUUCAGGAGCACAACAUGGAAGAAGAAUUUCGAGAUGUUUUUGAUUACAUUGACAACUAUUGGUUGUUGACUGUUGGAGUCAAUACCAUGAGUGUGGCUGACCAACCACACCGAACCAAUAAUGCCCUCGAGGGAUUUUACUCCCGAUUGGUGGAAUUGAUGGGGGCGCAUCCAGGAGUAUGGAAAUUUCAUGAUCAUCUCAGAGACAUUGAGAUGUCACAGUGGCUUGAGUAUAGCCGCAUGGUGGGUGGCGUACAGCACGUACGGCCGCUGUCAAGGGCAUAUCGUCGCCAGAAUGCUGUAAUUUUUGAGGCGACUACUCAUCUCAGGCAACAGCAAUAUACUGUUGCCGAGUUCCUCAGCCGAGUAUCUCACCUAACGAGAGAACUGAAUGGUCGGCUGCAUGGUGGAGCAGCCCAGGCGGACCAACCGGCUGAAGUAAUGGCAGCAGAGCCCAUUAUGCCUCAACCAGAACAGAUUCAUCAGAACAACAACUUUCCUGCUGUUGUCCCUCAAAAUCAACCAAGAAGAGGAAGAGGUGGUGCAAGGAGAGGUGGUGCAAGGAGGGGUGAAGGACGAGGAAGAGGUGGUCGAGCAAUUGGUGAGAGAGGUGGAGAAGGAAACCUUGAUUUCAUGAACAACCCAUGGCCCGCAGACCAAGCCGAGGCCGAACAACUGAGCCAGAGGCAGAUGGCGUACCUGGCUAGAGUGGCAGUUAACGCGGAUGAUGCCGUCGCUGGCGAAGGCGACUUGGUAUGCGUCGCCUGCGCGGUCCACAAGCGCUCCUAUAUGACGCAGCCUUGUGCGCAUUUUGUACUGUGUGGCACCUGUGUGCUGGUUCAUCGCCGCACAGUCAACUACAGGGGUGUUCUGCCGCAACCCAUUAUUUGCCCCGUAUGUAGGAGCCCCUUGACGGGAUACUGCAGGGUGUUCCAAUAAUGAUAAAAAUGAAAAUGAAAAUAAAAUUUAUUCUAUAUAUACAUAUAUACGAGUUUAUUCUUCAGCUCCAGCCCAUCUGCUAUUUAUUCCGAUUAUUCUAGCCUCCCUUGACCAUAUUUCUAUUCAUCAUACAUGUGUUUGUUUCACAUUUCAGGCGGUCUACCUCUCCUUCUUAUCUCCUUAUCUCCGUAUUCCUCACUCGAUCCAUCCUUGAAACACAACAACUUCGGCGCGAGAAAUCCAUUUCCAAAGCAUUUAUUCUUUGAGAGUCUCGUUUUGUUGAUUCCCAAGUUUCAGAGUCUUAGAUACUCUGUACAAUGAAAUGAUAAAUUCUAAUUGGUGUAAGGUUUGUAAUAUUUUUGGACCAAAAUAUGUAAUUCAAUGUUUGUGUUGCCUGCCUGGCCUGUCCAAUUCUACUCGUGAUUUCUCUUUUGGAAUUGCUCUCUGAUGAUAUCACGUUGCCCAGGUAUUUAUAUUUAUCCCAUUGCAUCACCUCCAACUCUUAGAUCCUUAGCUGUACCUAUUUUUAUUGAAUAAGUAUAAAUCAAGUAUUUAAUUCGAAUAAGUAUGAUUCUAAUAGCUUCCAUAGCUUGAAUACAAUAUGUAGACACAAACUUAGAAUUCCGUUGUACAGUCAUACUAAUUCUACAAAUCACAAAGAAACUGGCACUUAACGUCUAUCAAAUAAUAUAGCUCCACACCUGACCACUUGAAAGUACUCACAUGCACACAAUUUGAAAAAAAAUCUGGUGUGGGGCACUCACACAACUUUCCUUGCCAUUAUGAAGAAUUAAAAUAUGCGUACAAAGUAGAAUAACGCUGAUUGAUAUUGGGACAGAACUGUAGCGGGAACCACGCAAAACUGACAGAAUUACUUGAAUGAGACUCGAAUUAUGAUAUUCAUGAGGAAUGCUGACAGAAAUUGAAUUUUAGUAUAGCAGCAAUAAAUCUUCAGCCUUGUUGCCAAGUUAGAAACUGAAAUGUAAAAUUAGCUGCCAGUGUAGAAAAGGGAGGUGUGAGUGGAAGAAUGAAGUGGGAAUCAAAAGGAGGGACGAAAUAUGAGGAAGGAAGGUAUCAAAAGGAAGUUUAGUAAAGGGUGGGAUUAUGAUGUAAUACACAGAGGGAUUUCGGUGAGCGCUUUUUAUGACCAGUGGUGGAAGAUGUAGAGUACCAUUAGAUGGUUUGCAAUUUCGGGUGCUUCCGAGUCUCGGGUUGAGAAAAGGGUUCAGGGUGAAGAGUGGGGAACGAAGGAGAAUAAUUGAGAGAAGAGUAAAAAGAGUUAAUGAAGGGAAGAGUAAAGGAACUGGGAGAAUAAAGGAAGAAGUGUGCUGGAAAGAAUAUAUAUUGAGAUAAAAGGAGAGAAAUAAGAUACAUGCAUGGAUAGUUGGAUAUACGUACAAAGGUGAGGGAUGACAAAGAAUUAAAACGAAAAAUGAAUAGAGAAAAAGAUAGAAGAAAGAAGGUUGAGAGGAAGUAGAGGCGGAUCGACGAACAUGAGGUGACAGGUGAAGAGGAAGAUGAAUGUGGAAGAAAAGUGAAAUUGGUAUCUAUAGAAGAAGCGACAUGGAAAAGAGGUUGUGAGGAAUGAGAAAUAAUGACAUUUUCAUGAUUCAAUUUACAUGACAUUUGCACCCGGACUAUAAGUACAGUUCAAAAUAUCAAUCAAAAUUGGACACUAGUCACAAUAAUUAAUAAUCCACAACAUACGAACUCCAUUAAUGCAUUACUUUGGAAAGAUCUAUAGUCCGUGCAAACCUCAGACUGCAGCAUUGUUCUUAAGGGUUACAGUGCUGCCAGAUUGCUCAGUAACCGAGAAAGUCAAAUCAGCCGGUCAUGUUUUCAAAUAACUGUUUAACAAU